AUGCUCAGUUUGGUGUGUAUUGCUAGAGAGGUUUUUUUUUUUUCAGGGAGAGUGCAUGUGAUCAGAACAGGGCCAAUCAGCAUUGUCCAGACAGAGAGGUCAGGGGUUCUGCAUCCUCCUAGAGCAGAAAGAAAACUCCUUCUACAAGCUUUCACCAGCGCUCUGCUGAACACUGGUAGAAAUCACAAGACUGUUCUAACUGCUGAGGAGAAAAGGUAUUUAGCAGUUUAUAUUUAUUAAAAUAAUUGCAUUUCCAUGUUCUGUGUACUGUGGGAGAACAGAUACAGUGAAUGUAGGGUCCGGGG